CAAUGUGUAGACCACCCUGGCCAACGUGACGAAGACAGACGUGAUAUGUGUGUCCAUGGCAACUCCCACGAGUCCUUUUUGCACCUGUCUGGUUGGAGUACCUAUUGAUAACUACCGGUGGGGAACUCUGUAUAAUGAGACCGUGUUAGCAAACUGCAACUCGAUGCUUCUACCUAAACUAUAUGUCAGGUACCAAGGUUAAUGAAGGAGGAGUUGACAUUUUUCCUAGAGAUAUUUACCGGAACGCAUCAGCUUGGUGCAAUGAGACUCUGCAAAACCAAUUUAUUCCUGGAUCUGAUGCGAUAGGUCUCCCAAAUGAUCUGUUUCUCAUUUGUGGACAAAGAGCAUGGAAAAGUAUUCCAAGAAAAGCUGUAGUAAGCCCUUGUACCUUUGGACAAUUAACCUUUUUCCAUCCUCGCAGCGUAACCUUGCCUAAGCGAAGAAGACGCAGACGUGGCACACGGCGAUUUACUCCGGACUGUAACUCUGAUGUAAAGUUUUGGAAUAAGGCUGAAAGAAUAACUGCUAGUAUUAUAUCUCAGAUAGGGACUGCUCAUGCUUUGGCUUCAUUGAAUAAACUAGGAUGCUGGUUGGCUAAAGAAGCUAAUGCUACUUCUGCUGCUUUGAGUGCAUUGCUCACAGAUGUAGACUCUGUUAGACAUGCAAGUUUACAAAAUAGAGCUGCUAUUGAUUUUUUGUUGUUAGCCCAGGGACAUGGCUGUCAAGAUUUUGAGGGCAUGUGCUGCAUGAAUUUAAGUGAUCAUUCUGAAUCUGUUCAUGCUAGCAUUCAGAAAUUAAAAGCCCUUACUCAACAAUUACAUGUUCGUGAUGAAUGGAACCUCUUUGGUGAUUGGAAAUGGGGAUGGCCCUGGUUACGAAAAACAUUAAUAGGUUUGUCAAUAGUUGGAUGUAUAAUAACAUGCAUAUUGUGUAUGAUUCCCUGUAUACUAACAUGUGUACGUCGAAUGAUAGACACCAAGCUAAAUGCAUUGCAAUCUCGAGUAGUUCGUUAUCACCCUCUUGCUACCAUUGAUCACGCGGUGGUAUGUAAGGGGGGUACUUCUGAAUUAGAUGAUCAAUGGAGCAUAGAGGCGUGAGAACGAAAUCAUAUUAGGAUGUGAAACCAGCUAGAGUAUGGUACAAUGUAACUUAUGGCAGAAGCUAACUGUAAGGUCCAUUGUGCUUUUUAGCAAGUCAGCUUGAUAUCCCCUAUUAUCAGAGCUGAGUUCUUCCUUGGUUUUGCUACAUAUUGCAAGAUAGAUACAUCUACCCUUGAAACACAAUGGUAGAGGUCAUACAUAGGGGUGAGAAAGAUGAUGAUGGGAGGAAGAUUAUGUGGGCAGGGGUCGCUCGCCCCUUGCCCUACAAGUAGGGCAUGCGCAGACUGUUGCCAUGAGGUCAUGAUUAGGCGGUGUUUGGCUGCCAUUCAGGCAUCACCUUAUGCUACGUACUGGCCCUACGUAGUGUAAUGUGGAACUGAUAAAAAUGGGGUGUCGGGACUGCUGAGUCGAGCGAUACUCAUCCUACCACUGAGACUGUUGCUCCGCGGGGACGCCCGCUAAGCAUGGGUACCGACCAGCUGCUGCAGAUCCUGACAGCCCUGGCCUGUCUGUGUGGGUAAGCACAGGUUAUUGAUAGGAAGCAACUGAGAGAACAAACUUUUUAAUAUCCUUUUAGUGUUCCUUUAAUUCCCCUUUUAUGUUUAUAGUAUUUUUCCUUUAGUUUCCCUUUUUACUAACCAAUAUCGUGUUAUCCAUAAUACUGUGUAAAGAUUCUUUUUGGUAUCCCUUUUUCACUAGUUAAUAUUGUAUUAAAUGCUGUUCGUAGUAUUUGUUUUAAU